UUGUAGCAGAAUUGCAGUGCACUGGACUGUACAGAACUGGGUAGCAUCCACACUGUCUAUGAGGGUGCGGUCCGGCUGCACUGAGAGCAACAACACUGACAGAUAGAGAGAGAGAGAGAAGGAAUAAGAAAGAAGAGGAGGGAGAGAUAUCACCACACGAGGAAUACAGCAAGGGAUGAAAGGAGACACCCCUGUGAACAGCACCAUGAGCGUCGGUCAGGCCAGGAAGCUGGUGGAACAGCUGAAGAUUGAAGCCAGUUUUUGUCGGAUCAAGGUGUCUAAGGCAGCGGCGGACUUGAUGGCAUACUGUGAUGCCCACGCAUGUGAGGACCCUCUCAUCACCCCUGUGCCCACUUCAGAAAACCCCUUCAGGGAGAAAAAGUUCUUCUGUGCUCUUCUCUGAAAAGGACACCGGAGACGCAGACUUAGUCUCAUUUAGAUGAUAAUGAUUUAUGUACGCACAUCACACAACACAACACAUUACUCGACACAGCAAAAUGAAGCUUUAAUAAAUGCAAAUUUCAGCAAUUGACAGCGCCAAAUUGACAAAAACAUGCUUGUGAGAAUAUUUUUAUUCUCCUGAUUCUUUUUUUUGGGGGGGGGGGGCUUGUUCCUUUUAAUUAAAGGGAUGAAAUAACAUCAAGAUUGAUGCAAACUGAUUAGAUGAAAUCACACACUGAUACACACAUAUGCAAGCACAGUUUUUUAAUUACGGUAAGCAAAAGGAAAUAGGUGCGGGUCUGGAUAUUUCAAUGAUUUCAAAUGUUAUUAUAUUCAAGACAUUCGUUGUGUUCUUCACAAUAGCAAACUCUGGUGAUUUACAAAUUCUUUAUGUAUAUUUAGAUUUUUUUUUUUUUUACAUGUUUUGUUUGAGGUGGCUAUGUACUCUGGUAGACAUUUCUGAUGAACUGGUAGAGCUUCUAAAGUUUAGAUCAUUGUGAGAAGGUGAGACUGCUGAUACCUACACACAAAUACCACCAGUGCAUAGUGUUCCUAAAGGGAUUUGUUAUUUCCUAAAACCAAUUAAGUUUUUCUGACCACUUAAACAAGAAGUAGAGGUAUCUAGUCUCUAAGAGUUGGAAAUUAACUUAAAAGACAAAUUAUUGGAGAAAAAUGUAAAAAGAACAUCUGUCAAAAGUUGUGGUCCCAAGUAAUGGAUUAAAUAUUGCAGACAGAAUCCAAUGAAUGAAUGAAUAAAACUUUUAAACACAAAACACUUAUGUGUACCGCUUAUUGAGAUUUAGAAGAAAAAAUAACUCACUCCUGUUUUUGAGGAAAUUUAUAUUUUUUCUUUUAUUAAGCAAAGAUGAAAAAUCAUAAGUGACAGUAGACUUAUGUUACAAAAGAUUUCUAUUUCAAAUCAAAAAUGUAAAUAAAAUAUACUUUUCAAACUUUCUAGUUAUCAUUCUAGGAUCACCGUUAUUAUAAUAUUAAGCAGCACCACCAUUUUCAACUUUGAUAAUAAAUGUUUCUUGCGCAGCAAAUCAACACAUUAGAACAAUUUCUGAAUGAUCAUGACACUGAAGACUGGAAUAAUGAUGCUGUAAAUUCAGCUUUACUUUUACAGAAAAAAAUACAUUUUAAAGAAACAGUAAAAUAGAAAAGCUAUUCUUAUAUAUUUCAUAAUAUUACUAAUUCUACUGAUAAAUUAAAUGCAGCCUAGUCAAGAUGAGUAUGAGAUACAUCUUAGUCUUUAAAACUUAUUAACUAUCGCAAACUUUUUAACAGUGGUGUAAGUUCAUGAUUUUUAAUAAUUCAAAGCAAAACAGGUAAUUCCACUAGUCAGUGUAACGACAGGUUGAGCUGGAUUGGUAACACUGUUUUUCAUUCCACAUACUCACCACACACCCUAUCAAUUAUUACUUUUUGGAUAAUCUGAUCAAAAAGAAAAAAUAAAUGCAAAAAAAAUAAAAUAAAUAA